AUGAAUUCAUCAAUAAAAGAUAUCAGUAAACAAAUUAAAUAUAAUAAAUAUUCUAUACUUUUACCAACGUAUAAUGAAGUAGAAAAUUUACCAAUUAUAAUAUGGCUUAUUAUUAAAUAUAUGGAUGAAUCAAAUUUACAGUAUGAAAUAAUUGUCAUUGAUGACGGUUCACCUGAUGGAACUUUUGCUAUGGCAAUCCAGCUUCAAAAUUUAUAUGGAAAAGAUAAAAUUGUUUUAAGACCUAGAACAAAAAAAAUGGGACUUGGAACAGCAUAUAUACAUGGAAUUAAAUAUUCAACUGGUAGUUUUAUUGUUAUAAUGGAUGCUGAUUUAUCUCAUCAUCCUAAGUUUAUCCCAAGAAUGAUUAAAAAACAAAAAUUAUAUGAUUAUGAUAUUGUAACUGGUACAAGAUAUUGUGGAAAAGGUGGAGUUUAUGGAUGGGAUUUUAGAAGAAAACUUAUUAGCCGUGGAGCAAAUUUCAUAACUCAAAUUAUGUUAAGACCAGGAGUUACUGAUUUAACUGGAAGUUUUAGAUUGUACAAGAAAAACGUCUUGGAAGAAUUAAUCAAAUCUUCUGUAUCAAAAGGUUAUGUCUUUCAAAUGGAAAUUAUAGUGAGAGCAAGACAAUUAUAUUAUACUAUUGGUGAAGUACCAAUUUCAUUUGUUGACCGUGUUUAUGGAGAAUCAAAAUUAGGUAGUUCUGAAAUUAUUCAAUUUAUCAAAGGCCUUUUGUAUUUAUUUGCAACAAUUUAAUAUAA